CACUGAGCAUGUGGAGAAGGGCUGUUUUGUGGGACCCACAGCCCCUUUCCUCUCUUCUUUCUCGUUCUCUCUCUGUGUGCCAACGCUGUCGGACAGACAAUUUCCAUGUAAUUAUGUUGAAAUUGGGUGGUGGUUUCUUGUCCGGAAUGUAAAAUUGAAUUUUAAACGCUUAUAGUCGGUCGUCUUCCAAAUUCAACGUCGUCCCUAUACAAAACUCUCGAGUCUCGCCACCAUUACCUUCUCUCUCAUUCUCUUUCUGCAAUCUCUAUCUCUCUCUCCCCACUAAAAUGGGUGGUGGUAAUAGUCGACACGUUUCUCGCCCUUCUACUCGGCGAGUCAACCACACCAACCGCUUCAGUCUUUCCUCUCUUUUUCCCUGCGGUGCCUCCACUUCUCAUGCUACUUAUGAGAUUGAAGAUCAUCCAACUGAACUUCUAGUAGACUCUACUACAGACUUUAAUGAUGAAGUUCAGAAAGCCAUAGAGGAAUCAUCUUUAUCGCAUUCAGCGGAAGCUAGAAUUAGCAACUCACAUGCUGAAACUGCAACCUCCUUGGGUAGUAGCAUUCAAUCCUGUGAGAAUGCUAAUCUUCAAGAUUCUUCCAGAAGCGUUGCAACUAGAAAUCAGAGGGAGUGCUUGUUUCAAGGAAAGAAGUCGGUUCCUUCUUGUGAGGUAAGUGCUGAUAGUAGUCACAAUGAACCUUAUAGGGGUAGCAACAACACAGCUAGUACUUCAUUCGUAGAACAGAAGUCUUCAGACUCAGUCUGUGUAAAUAGUUCUGCUAACAAGGAUGCAGUCAGUAACAUUGAUAAUUCAGUGGAUAGUAGUAUCACUCCAAUAUCUCAUGAGACAUUGCAUCUAAGCAGUUCAUCCCCUCAACUGUAUGAAAACUCCAGUUCUCGUGAAAUUCAUGAUGAGAUUCACAGCGUUACAGCUACAGCUUUCCAGAAUUCUGGUUCAAAUCCUGAUUCUCGAGUUUCCGAUAUACCAGUAACUUCUCUUUUGCAACAAAAUGAAUCUCGUGAAGAAGCAAUUCCCCCAAGUCUAGGGUUUCUUCUUCCCAACAGGGAAGGAGAACAUGUAUAUGAGAGUGUGCUUCAUGUUGAUGUGGUUGCUAUAUCGUCCAAUACUUUGUCUCAUAGCAAUGCUGAUUCCAUUGAUCAUAGUACGAGAAGAAAUAGUAGGAGACAAUUUUGGGAUGCCUUUUCACAUCGUAGGUCUAGAAGGUUUCGUAUUUCUCCAACCAUUGUCUUCUCAGCUGGUGAUCCUGAUGACAUAGCAUCUCAAGACCAGUGGCUUCUUGAUUUGAGCAGUGGGCUCUCAAAUGAUGAGGUUGGAGAGGAUUUUGAAUAUUUUGGAAGUAGAAUCCGCAGAUCUAAUUCGCGAAUGCUGCACUCGAGAUCUCAGAUCUGGGAAAGACUUCGUGAUGGCCUUAAUGAAACUGAUCAGUGGACUAAUUCUUGUCCACUAGGACUUCACCCUGAUGGAAGGUGUUCCUGUGAACCUUUCUCCACGACUGAGGAAUCUAAUACACGAGCAAGUAUGUCAAGAAUAGUCUUGCUUGCAGAAGCUUUAUUUGAGUUUUUAGAUGAACUUCAUCGCCAGCCCACGCCAUUUUCAUUAUCUAUGGCCUCUCUCCCAGCAGCAGAAUCAGUUGUUGACUCUUUUCCUCUGAAGUGUCACAAAAUGGUUGACACCGCUGAUGGUGGUAGUAAUACUGAACAAUGUUACAUAUGCCUGGUGGAGUAUGAAGAAGGGGACAAAAUUCGUGUUCUGCCUUGCAAUCAUGAGUUCCACAUGGCAUGCGUUGACAAGUGGCUUAAGGAGAUACAUGGUAUAUGUCCCCUGUGUCGUGGAAAUGUCUCUGAAGGGUUCACCGAGUCUUCUGCCUCAGACACACAAACGUCAUCUCACUGAUUUUGUGUAUGUGCGAUUGUAAAUAUUAGCAUCAUUUCCGCUCCUUGGUAAUGAUACGCCUAAUGCUUUUAUUAGUAUGAGAUUGUAACUGAAUUGUUAUGCUUUUCCCUGAAAAAUAAAAAAUUGUAUAAUUUUACUUCAAGGAAAUCCGGGAGCUGCGGGAAAUUCAUGGCGAUGCUUGGUAUGACAAAUUUUUUUUUUUUUGUUGGGAAAAUCGCUAUUAUUCCCUCUAGAAGAAUUCUAAUUACUCAAAAAUCCCAUGAAAUGAAGAAGUCUGGAAAGACCUUGGUGUAAAUAAUUUUUGUUGCCUAAUUAUUUGACUACAUCUGAUCUGAUGUGUUGAACUCAU